AUGGCAUAUUCGAAUAGCACUAGUGAUCGAAUGGACGAGUUGCGGUUUCGUAAUCAGCAGUCAUCGAGGAAUGAUGCAUCUAUGCUCGGUCUGGUUUCUCCUCCACGAAAUGGCAACCGAAUGUCACAAUCACUACAGCAGCAAGAGAGUCGUGGAGGACUGACGCGAAGGUUUACUACCGAUUCAGGGAGAGUGCCGACAAUUGCUUCCAUCACCAGCCAGCGCGGCACUCAAGAAACUCAAGAAUACGGCCCCUCGACGUACCAUAAAGUACAACUGUUAGAGAAAAAGAAACUCGAAUACGAGCGACUCCGUGAACAAAAGAGGCGCUUCGAGGCGGAGAUGCAAUUGUUGGACCUACAGCAACGAAGAGAAGAACAAGAAUUACAGCAAAUGCAAGAAGAUCUUGGUAGAUCUAAUAACAAUAAUAACAACGCCGGCCAUCAAUCAGAACCAACUACACCACCAGAAUUUAGGGAAACUUCAUCCGGUUUUCCUUCCGCAUUUUCUCGCCCCAAUAGAUAUUCGACAUCUAGCAUUACAUCCCCUCCAGGUCUCUACAAUCGCCCAGGAAGAUCUGGCUCUCAACUCACAUCACCUCAAUCUGGAACCAUGCAGUCCAGACUCGUGGUUGAUGAUAAGUUACCUUCCAAGUCUGUACCAGGCUCACGCCGCAAUUCAGAUGAAGAUGAGAAGGAAGAAGCAGUAAGACAAGAUCCAACCAGUCAUCGUUCUACCAAUGCUCUCAACAGAUAUUCUAUGCCCGUUACUAAAUCUCGUAACGGUAUGCACGAGAUGUUGUCCCUUGACCAAACCAAUACCGCGCGUUUCCUCUUCGGCGAAGAUGAAAAUGCUGCGCCCGCAAACGUUGACAAUUAUUUGAAAAUGAAUGCUACUGAUGACAAAUUUCCAAUUCUUGUUCGUCGCGACGAGUUCCCUGGUUUGCUUUCCGCUUCUUCUGCAGCACUUGACUUAGCCUUAUCUCAAUCACCUGCACCAGAAUCCAAUGGUUGGAGUUCGUUUGCCCGUCAUCGACCAAAUCAACAAAGCCUCCCAAUGAAUAAUAUUCAAUCUUCUCAACAAGUCGCAACCUCCGCUAGUCAAUCUAGCUCUGCCGAGUCUCCCAUCAGUGUUCGCCCAUCAUAUCGGCACUCUUUGGAUCUGAAGUUUUUUGAAGGCCCACAGGGUGGCACUGCCCAAGUAGCCUCUCCGCCAAAGCACGUUCAAGCCACGCCACCUAAGCUUCAAUCAUCUUAUUCUGCCAACGACGUUCCGACGGUUCGCACAGCCUCGAACGGCAUGCAAAGUAACAACAACACCCCUAACUCGCACGCUCAACAACACUUGCACAAUCAUAAUGCUAGCUUAGGUCGCAUUCCACCAAACGCGAUGAACAGACUAAGUCGUGAGAUGGCUUCUGGAGACAAUGGUACUAUGCGCGAGGCUCAGAAUGGUAGCUAUCAGUCAAUCCAGUCUGCUUUGCAAGCCAGUGCUGCACCAUUCGGCCCAGCCUUAACUCAAGGAAUGCCACAAGGCAUGUCGCAGGCUCAAAUGUCACCAUCUGUGACACCUCCUACCGGUCAACAGAACUUCCCUGCAUCAGUUCCUGGCUACUAUAACAAUUAUGGCAUGCAUAUGAUGAGCUUGGGAAUGCAGAACAUGCAACUUAGCCAACCAAUGUAUCCUCCUCCAAACUCCUACAACAAUUAUAGCAAUGCUAUGUAUCAGCACAAUGGUGGACAGAGAGAUAGUCAGGCACGAGUUAUUCAACAACGUCGUCAAAAUGAUGGCGAGGCAAUGAAUCGCUUUGCAAACGUAGCUCUGGAUCAGCUUGGUGGCGAGAUCUACGCACUUUGCAAGGAUCAACAUGGUUGCCGCUACUUGCAAAAGAAGUUGGAAGACCGCAACCCCGAGCAAGUCCACAUGAUCUGGCUCGAGACAAAUCAGCAUGUCAUUGAGCUCAUGACCGACCCUUUCGGAAACUACCUUUGUCAAAAGUUGCUUGAGUACUGCAACGAUGAAGAGCGUACUGUCCUGAUCGAAAAUGCCUCGCACGAUCUGGUCCGCAUCGCUUUGAACCAACAUGGAACCCGCGCCCUUCAAAAGAUGAUCGAGUUUAUCUCCACUCCAGGUCAGGUUCAGACCAUUAUUGGCGCUUUGCGUUUCCGUGUCGUUGAGCUCAUCCAGGACUUGAAUGGUAACCACGUCAUCCAGAAGUGUCUUAAUAAACUCUCUCCAGUAGAUGCUCAAUUCAUUUUCGAUGCUGUUGGACAACACUGCGUUGAUGUCGGAACUCACAGACAUGGCUGUUGUGUCCUUCAACGUUGCAUUGAUCAUGCUUCUGGCGAUCAAAAGGCUUGGUUGAUCAGACAGAUUUCGAACAAUGCCUAUGUAUUGGUCCAGGAUCCUUUUGGCAAUUAUGUGGUUCAAUACAUUCUCGAUCUCAAUGAGCCAAUCUUCACCGAGCCAUUGGUUGCUAUGUUCGCAGGACGAGUAGCUCAGUUAUCGAAGCAGAAGUUUAGUUCAAAUGUCAUUGAGAAGUGUCUUCGAUGUGCACAGGAACCUUCCAAGGACAUGUUGAUUGAGGAGAUGCUCCAACCCAAUCAGCUUGACAGUCUAUUGCGGGACUCAUUCGCCAACUAUGUCAUUCAGACUGCUUUGGACUACGCCAAUCCGAACAUGAAGACACGUCUCAUUGAGGCUAUCCGACCACAUCUCCCAGCUAUCCGCACCACACCAUAUGGCCGUCGAAUCCAAGCCAAGAUCCAAGGUAACGAAAACCGUGGAAAUACUUCGACUGGUCCCACCACCCCUAAUGACAACGAAACAGGCCAACUUGCUACUCGUCACCAACGUGGCAUGUCCAUCGCAUCAGUCGGUGCUUUUGUUAGCUCCCCUGGAGGAUUUCCAAAUGGCAUCGGUCCUGCACCCCUUACCAAUGGUUUGCCUCUUCCCGCAAUUCGAUCUCCACCUCACCAAGGAGCUGGCUUUCCACCGAACGAUCGCCUCACUUCCCCUGCCGCUGCUCAUCCAUACACCUAUGGUAGAGCUGGCCCGCAGCCUGGAGCGGGUGGUAAUUGGUUGUAA